AUGCCUGUAAGACACUUGAAAGAGUUUCUGACAGACACGUAUGGGCGCAAGCACGACUAUCUUCGCAUCUCCAUCACCGAACGAUGUAAUCUCCGCUGCGUUUACUGUAUGCCUGAGCAAGGCGUUGACUUGUCGCCACCAGAGCACAUGCUUACAACAGAGGAGAUAGUCAAACUGGCCACUCUUUUUGCACAGCACGGAGUACGGAAGGUCAGACUGACUGGCGGAGAGCCCACGGUCAGAAAAGAUAUCGUUGAGCUUGUGGCCAAGCUCAAUCAAAUUACAGGCAUUGAAGAGAUCUGUAUGACAUCUAAUGGUCUAGCACUCCAUCGAAAAUUACCAGAUCUUUUCAAGAAUGGGCUGACAUCGCUCAAUUUGAGUCUUGAUACUCUUAUCAAUGGUAAGUUUCUCUUAAUAACGCGACGCAACGGACUCAGCGCAGUAAUGAGAAGUUUGAGAACAGCACUUGAAUUGGACAUUCCCAAGGUGAAAAUCAAUGUGGUAGUAAUGAAGAAUCUGAACGAAGAUGAGAUACUGGAUUUCGUUGAACUCAGCAAAAAUGAUAAAGUCGAGGUUCGAUUUAUAGAGUACAUGCCUUUCGAUGGAAACAAAUGGUCUACGAAUAAGCUGGUCUCAUACGAGGACAUACUUUCCAAUAUCAAAGUGAGACAUCCGAAUAUCCAAAGACUCCCCCAUAAACAUGGUGACACGGCCAAAGUCUACCAAAUUCCCGGAUUCAAAGGAAAAGUAGGUUUUAUAACGUCCAUGACUUCGGACUUUUGCAGUACUUGCACACGUUUGAGGAUUACUUCUGACGGUAACCUGAAAGUUUGCUUGUUCGAUAACACAGAAGUAUCUCUGCGAGAUAUGCUUCGUGCUGGAUACAGCGAUGAUAAAUUAAUGCAACGCAUCGGUGAAGCAGUGAAAAAUAAGAAGGAGAAACAUGCAGGGAUUGACGUAUUAGGAGAUCAACCCAAUAGGCCGAUGAUUUUAAUUGGAGGAUGA